AUGCUCGUGAUACCUCUCCGACCGACGGAGGCUUUGCCUGCCCCGGACACGUUCGCUGCACUGAAUGGACCUCCUUCAACGCCAUCCUCAUCCCGCUCGGGCUCAGUGGUCGCCGAUAGUGGCGUGGGACUGCGGCGGAGCAGCAGAAACCGCACUUUUUCUCGAAGUCGGUCCGUGUCUCAAGCACCCACACUGAAAGAAGAAGACGCCAAGCCCGCAGGCUCACAUUCGGCAGCGAGUCCUGGUUUGAGCACAAGGGUCCGCAAUUAUCCUGUUCCUGCUCCCUUUGAAGGAGCCGCGCCUAGCUACGGCUCACACACGCGAGAUUAUGACCGUGAUGUGGCAAGGGUGUGGGAUGCAGUCGCUGGGGCGCGCAGAGUGGUGGUUGUAUGCGGUGAGUUGAAGUCUGCGUUCGCGCGGCUCGACGCAUGCUGAUAGUAUGAAACUUCUCUGCUGCUCGUAACAGGUGCCGGUAUAAGUGUAUCUUCACCCGCCAAUAUUCCAGACUUCCGCAGCGCUACAGGGCUGUUUCGGAAGUUGAAAGAAAAGCAUCCAAAUGCCGGUCUGAGCUCUGGCAAGGAUCUGUUCGACGCCAGACUUUUUGGCGUGAGUCUUGCGCGAAUGUCGAGCAUUUUCACGCCAAUGACUGACACCCACGGCCUUUUGUGUGCAGUCUGAAGCAACCUCGGCCCUGUUCUAUUCCAUGAUUCACGAACUGAAACAGCUAGCGGAUGCCGCAAAACCCACCUCAUUCCAUUAUCUGCUCAAACGGCUGGACGUGGAGGGACGUUUGAUGCGCGUCUACACCCAGAACAUCGACAACCUUGAGGAACGCGCAGGCCUUUCGUUUGGCCUGGGCGAGACCGGCGAUAGCACCGCGACGAUCAGAGCGCUUGGCAAGCGAAAGCGCGAAGAGCAGAAAUGCCUUUCCAGUCUUCAAGGAGUCUCGAAUGAGCCUAGAUUGCCGAAGGGCCGCGGGGCUUGGGGUCGUACAGUGAGCGACUCCGCUUUACUGCGCUCGCGGGCUCAAGAGCAGAGCGACGAGCCUGUACCAAUGUUUCCGCGGACAAUUCCGCUUCACGGGAGUUUGUCUAGCCUAAGCUGUUCGAUUUGCCCCCACGAGCUCGCUCUGACAGCGCCAACGGAACACUCGACUUCUCGCCAGGCAACCCCUACCUCCGAGCAAGAGACGGAACGACUUCGGGCUUUGGAGCUGCUCGCGGGAGGCGAGCCUGUGCCGUGCUCAAGAUGCGAAGAUUACGAAAAUGUGCGUGCUGUUGCUGGUCUACGAUCUCGCGGCGUUGGUCGCAUGAAGGUCGGCGUGGUACUAUACGGAGGCCAAAAUGAAGGCGCUGAGCAGGUGGGCGAAUGUCUUCAAAGAGACAUAUUAGGCCUGCGCGAUCCGCACGAAACGCCAGUGCCUGAAAGCGUGUCGGAGCGCAGAGCAAGACAACGCAAGGAAGCGAAAAUGCAAGGCCGUACCACACCAAAGGACGAUCCCCUGGCGAGUCAGGCAAGCACAGCGCUGCAACCCAUCGUGGAGAUCGGUGGAGAGGACGUUCUCGCAGCAGCCUUUGCGGAAGACGAUUCUGCCGUUGUUCCGACCCCUUCGAUGGUUGUCCCAGCUCCACCGUCUACCGCUCCACAAUCCCCGUCGCUGCAAGCUGGCUCAAAGAAGAGAGCACGUGCGCCCCGGCUCAAGCCACUUCCACCUGACCUGCUGAUUGUAGCCGGCACUUCGCUGAAAGUGCCUGGUACCAAACGAAUCGUGCGAGAGUUUGCAAAGGCGUGUCGUGCGCGCGAUCACCGGGUCUACAACGACAGCGACGAAGAGCAGUCUGGAAGUGGCUCUUCGGGAAGCGACAGUCGGGCCAGCUCGAGUUCUCCAGGGGAUGACGAGGAGGAUCAUGACCCGAACGCCCCGAUACGCACCAUCCUCCUCAAUUACGACUUUCCAGGCCCAUCUCGAGAAUGGGAAGACAUAUUCGAUGUGUGGGUUCAAGGCGAUGUGCAGCAAGCAGCGCUAGGCUUGUGGGAGGCAAGCACAUAUCCGACGACGGAGCAACAUACCACUUCCAUGGCGCCUGGAUCAGCGGAGCCUGACCUUGCGCAGCAUAGCUGGGCCGGUCUUCGCGGAUACUUGGAAUCCGAGCGUAAGCGCGAUAGGCUGGAAAAGCGGCAAGAAACAAAGGCCAAAGCGUCGUCAAACGCAGCUGAUGGAGAGCAGAGUGUGCAGGCCAAUUCCCCAAGACGCGCGAGCAAAGCUCAGCAAGCCAAGGCCAAGGUUGGCGCAGACGUGGUGAACUCUGCGCCCCUUGGUGCCACGUGCGCUUCUGCUGCCGAGAUCCUGGAGGUCGCAAUCGAGCAAAAGACAAAGGUGAAAAAGGCGCGAGGUGACGGACCUGGCUCUGAAGACGCCGUGUCCGACGAGAAGGCGCGUGCGAAAGCAUCCAAUGCGAACCCGACAAAAACGAGAAAGGCUCAAACGCAAGCACGUAUGUGUCAUUCGCCGACCGCAUCGAUCGAAACGACCAGCGCCGAGCUGUCCGGACAAAGCAAGGGCUCAUCUCGUCGCGCUUUUGCCCGAUCGAGCAGCAAUCCAACGGCUGGUGCAGCCAUGGCUGGGACGACCCGCAAACGGAGAUCCAAAUCAAUCUCGCAAACUGCUACCAAGCCCAUCACCGCUUCCUUUGUCGGCACCAAGCCAAAAACGAGCACUGUCCAGGGCAAAAAGGGUGGAGAAUAG